GUGUCAUGUGAUUCGAGUAAACGUUAUACAUUUGAUUUUUUUAGAAUUUCUGGUCUGUCAAAAUGAGGUGUAUUUUAAUCUUCGACAAUCUAAAUGAUAUUCUUUAUUUUAAAGGAGACAGGUCAUUUUUAAAUCACAUGAAAAAUCUCGGUAAAUUACAAGGUUUAAUAAGUGACGGCAAGGACGAAGAGGAACUAAGCCCCAAUGUGAUAAUUCAGCUGUUCUCGCCGAUCGUGACAUCGCAGCGUGUCAUGAACUGCCAGUUCGGGAAUGCGUAUUCAUCUGUUCAGUGCCAGGAUGGAACCAAGAUGGUGUUCGAUGAGUACAUGGGCUACUUGUUUGUCCAUAUCGGCGUGCAGGAAGUGUCCUGGCUCAAGUGGAUGCAAGGAGUAUGCAUCACGCUAGUCAAGCACAUUUGUGGACCAGACGUCUCUCUCUUGAAGAGGGACAAGGGACGCGCCGGGCUGCUGACGCGGCUGCUCGACGCCUGGCUGGUGCUGCAGGACACGGACCAGGCCGUGCUGGUCGAGGCGGUCGAGCAGCUGAUCGUGAACACGGAGCUGUCGCUCGCCGCCCUGCGCGCCCUGCAGGAGGCCACGGACAGGCUGCGCGCCCUCACGGACUUCUCCAAGGCGCACGCCAUGGUGCUCGUCGACAACAAGUUCCUCGGCCUUUACUCCAGCCGCAACGCCCAGGACCUGUCGGCGUCGGACGUGAUGUUCCUGAGCCUGCUGGCGGGCAGCCACCGCGUGCUGGCGGCGGAGCCCGGCCACCGCGACUGCAGCGAGGCCGAGGACGGGGGCGAGUCGAGCGACGAGUUCUACAGCCCGCAGGCCAGCCCCCAGUGCAGCCCCGCCCAGCUGCGGAAGGAGUACGGGCCGGCGGGGCAGGAGGCGGCGAAGCUCCUGGGGCAGGAGCAGGGGGAGUCGCGGGCGGAGGGUCUCGCCAGCCACGUGCUGCUGCUGAUGGCCGGUGGGCGGUCCCACAACCCUCACGUGGUGCACAUCGCGCCCAUCAAGGACGGUGUCUACUUGCUGCUCUUGCUCGAGACUGGAAUCUCUGGCCUGUCGAGUGGACUACAUGAAGUCUUUCAUCACCUCAACAUCAUCCAGAACGUCCAGAUGCAGAAGGACACGGAAGGAAUAAAGCACGCGUUUGAGAAUCUGGAUGGCAGCAUGAAGAAGCUGUUGGAGAUUCUGCGCAAGAGUCGAAUGCAGAGGCCGGACGUCGAAAACUGCCACAAGAAGCUUCAGACCCAGUGGGACUUUAUCCGCAAGAAGUACAUCGAGCACUCGAAGACUUCGGACCUCGACUGCAUUCUGAGGAUCGAAUCCAGCACAAACUACUUCGUAGAGACACUGAAGGCUCUGCUGAAAGUGACAUGUUUCGAUGGGAACUUCAUCUUGUAUGGGCAAGAUGCGAUUCUGUCCACAAUUUCUUUCGUGAAGCACAAACUGUCCGACUUCAGCGAAUUUCUUAAAGUGAAGGCACUGCGGAACUUCACACUUGGAUCUAGAGCUUCCCUAACCAUCAACAAGUACCUGGAAGAGUUCCCGGGCCUGGUGCACUUCAUCUACGUGGACCGGACCAACCACCGCGUCACCACGCCCAGCCUCGACUUCAGCUCCGAGGAGACCAUUACCCUCACCAAGAAGAAGAUCUGGACCAUGGUUGAGUUCAGCAGGAAACAUCUGCAGGAGGGCCACUUCGCCUUGAUGUGGAAGGACACGACAUUCAACUACGCAUACUUCCUGUGGUUCGAGGAUGCCUCUGGCUGCCCACUCAAGGUUAAAGUGUUUCCAACCGCGGCCCUGAAAAGUUUCCCGAGGCCAGGAAUACUGUGUGGAGACUUUUACCAGAGGCUGACGGAGGCGUGCUUCCCCAAGGCGAUGCCCGGGAAGGUGCGGUGCUACGAGCUGUACUGCAUCCACCUGGGGCUGGCGACGUCGUCGUGCGUGCUGGAGCACUCGCGGAGGCUGGCGGCGACCAUCUGGGAGGUCACCGGCGCCCCCAAGAGCCCCCUCGACAUCCUGUAGCUUCCACUCGAACCUCGCAAGCCAACAUAUUAUGAGGCCACUCCAGUGUUUCAGGGGCACUACGCAACCCACGUUAACCUCAUAAGAUUCAAUGCUAUUUUCAUUUUGCUUAUAACUAAUAUAGAUUUCGAAAUGAUGCUUGCUUGAUAUGUAAGACAACGAUGCUCUUAUCAAAGCCCCUUUCUUCAAAAACGUGUAUAAAUUAUGGUUUUAUACUAAUCUUUACUAAUAUGCAUAAGUGUAUUGUCUAGGUUUGAACCAUAAUUUAUGCACGUUUUUGAAGAAAGGGGCUUUGAUAAGAGCAUCGUUGUCUUGCAUAUCAAGCAAGCAUCAUUUCGUAAUCUAUAAUAGUUAAUUAGUUAUAAGCAAAAUGAAAAUAGCAUUGAAUCUUAUGAGGCUAACGCGGGUUGUGUAGUGCCCCUGAAACACUGGAGUGGCCUCUUAAGGGGUAGUAUCCUAAACUACUUUGCUCCAUAUUUUCGUGUUUUUAUUCAUCAAUUUAAAUAAGUUUAUGAUGUAACUAUUGUUAAUUAUUUAUAAAGUGUUUUAUAAAUUUAAUACAUAAUUAUUUAAUUCAUUUUAGAAGCUUUAAAGGCCAGUAUUUAUAUCAACCCUAGCAUGAACUAAGAGCAUGUAAUUGUGCUGUAUACAGUUUUAAAUUAAUCAUUUGUUGUAGACACUGACAUGUAUUACGUAUUUUGUUGUAUAUUCAUAAAUCAGCAAAAAUUUUGAUUACCCAAAACCGUGAAAAUCUAAGGUUUUUAGGAUUGUGAGAAAAUAAAUUUCUUAUUGAUUUAUGAAUGACAUACAAAAAAUUAAGUAAGAUACGACAAAGGCUACACGCAAAAGAUAAAUUUAAAACUAUAAUCACAAUUAUUCAUGCUCUUCGUUCAUGCUGUGGUUGACAUAAAAAUUGGCCUUUAACUUACUAACCACUUUAAAAAUUACUUUUUAUAUUUAUAAAACAUUUUAUAAAAUAACAAACAAUAGUUGGAAAAUAGUUGAUUUAAAUAAUGAGCAAAAAACAAUUCAUGCAAACAAAAUAAUUUAGAAUACUACCAUCUUAAGCAACGUACAUUCCCCUGAGCACAAGUUCGUCCUAACAUCGCACUGUAUGUACUUAAUUUUUUUAAAUGACGUAUGUUUAUUUCCAUGCAGCUAUUGACUGAGUUAGUGAUUUUUUUGUAUUGUAAUUUAAGCAUUUUUUUUUUAUGUUUUUAAAUUUUUAUUAUAUAUAUAUGGUAUAUGCCUAUUUUUAUAAGAUCUUUUUUUUGUAUUCUAUUUAAUGAAUUUUAAAAGUUGACCAACAAAGGUUAUUUUAUUGUACUGUAUUAUUUUGAGACUAAACAGUCACAGAACAACUGAGAACUGUUUUUGUGUUAGUUUCAUUAAAGGAGAUUGCUAUUAAGAAUCAUUGUUUAAUGGAUGGAUGUCUGCUAAUUAAAUUAGCUCAAAUUUCACUGUCUGCAAAAGAAGUAUCCUGCAAUGAAAUGAAGUUUGAAAACACAAGCUGGAAAUUAUUCCUGAAUGCAUGUGUGUGGCAGCACAACCAUGAUUCUCAAAUUGGCAAACAAAAUUUCACAAUGCACACAUCUCUCGCCCUCGCCUUUCUACCUCUCCAGCAAGACUUGAGUCCUAGAUUCUUAUUUUGCUUUAUUGUUUGCAAAUGUUGACUUCGACCUAACAUAGGUCAUAAAUUUAAUAUUUUGUAAAAUAUUAAAAGCUGUGAAUUUAAAUGUCAGGCAUAUUUUUAGCUUGUAGCCAGGUCUUAUCAACAGCAUACAACCAGCAACAACUUAUCACCUGACAAUACUUUUCAAAUGGGAACAGUUAUUUGUUUACUAAGUGCUUCAUUGGCUACAAAUUGAAAAUUUAGUGAAGAGGGUUGGAAAAAAACACUAUGGAGUCCUAAUUCUUUCCUCUUUUGAUGGGGAGUGCAGGUGAGUGUAAUCUGUCUUAAAUGCAUCAUAUUCAAAAUAAUUUUCACGGCCUCAAUCCCAUCUUUUUGAAAUAAUGUCAUUGAAAAGGCAGAUAUUUAAAAAACAUGCUGGAAACCAUUUCACAUUUUGUCACAUGUUUAGAGAACCUUUUAAGAGUCAAAUGAGGAUAUUUAUUUACCUACAAACUCUACACCAACAAAUGCAAAUGAAAAUAACUUGCACAAACAAAAAAAAAAAAACAUUUGCAACAUUCAGAUUAUUUAUUGUAUUCUGAAAUCAAGCUACAUUUAAAAAUUUAUACAAUUAUAAACAUUUCUUUGUACUUUCUAUGGUAAAGUAAAAAAAAAAAUCUAGUAACUAGCUUUUGAAAGAAAAAGAUCCCACGUAUUUUAGCCCAAUUACUGUGAUGCGGCUUAUUUUGGAUGAUUCUGUUCAAACUGAAUUUACGACCCAGUUACAAUCCCAUUAAAUACAGCAGUUGACAUCACGUGCAGCUCGAGGUACUAAUUCAGGAAGUGGGUUACAAAGUUUUGGCUCAAUCAGCGCCAAGACACAGGGCUUUGCGUGUCGCUUGUCGGUGUAGCCCCUGCUUAAAGCACGAGCGUCUGACUCAGCACCACUAAGAGGUAAGGAAAGGACAAUUUACAUCAGCAGCAGUCCAUCACAAGUGCGUCAGCUCUGUACCUGGCAACCAGUUUUAGAAGAAACUUUCAAGCGAUACCUCAUGUCAUAAGACACGGGCAACCAGUUUUAGAAGAAACUUUCAAGCGAUACCUCAUGUCAUAAGACACUGGCAACCAGUUUUAGAAGAAACUUUCAAGCGAUGCCUCAUGUCAUAAGACACGGGCAACCAGUUUUAGAAGAAACUUUCAAGCGAUACCUCAUGUCAUAUGACACGGGCAACCAGUUUUAGAAGAAACUUUCAAGCGAUGCCUCAUGUCAUAAGACACGGGCAACCAGUUUUAGAAGAAACUUUCAAGCGAUACCUCAUGUCAUAUGACACGGGCAACCAGUUUUAAAAGAGACUUUCAAGCGAUACCUCAUGUCAUAAGACACGGGCAACCAGUUUUAGAAGAAACUUUCAAGCGAUACUUCAUAAGACACGAGCUUUCAAAGUAGAGUGUGCAACGCUAUAUAAGUUGCAGCCUUCCACGACAGACAGGCAGAUCGGACCAGUUGCAUGUACCUAUUUAGUGGUAGUAUUCACGUAACUUUCCCUUGAAAGAAAAAAAAGGAUAACGUUUGAACUAUUUGAGGAUUUGGUACCGAAAUUUGGGAACCUGUUCGUGAAUACACGACGCACCCAGCAGUAACGUGGAGGAACAAAUGUUGUCAUCUUCCUGCCUCCGGUACCACCAGCAGCAUGCAGCAGCUGCGAGGUCAGGGAACUGUCAAUUCUUUGAAGCACUUCUUCACAAUGCAGGUGCAGUGCUUGCUGCAGAAUGUCAAUGGGGAAGCAAUUUCUCAACAUAUGGAUGUGUUUGGUGCCACUUGUGCAAUAGCUGUUGCUUAAGAGAUAAAAGCAACAGUGUGUGUGCUAACUUCCUAACUAUGUAUUUAUUCCAGUGGAGUUGGAGAUGAAAAGGGGAGAAAAGAGUAAUUCCAAGAACUGGAACAGAGAUGAUUUGUGUACAGUGGCGUAGCCAGGAUUUGUGUAUGGGGGGUGUUAAGAAGCAUGGCCUCCCUCCCUCCCCCCCCCCUCCCCUGUAUUAAAGCGGGGGAUUUUAAGGUGUAAAAUAGUGCUAUUUUAGCAGUUUUUGGUACUUAAAUUUAAAUAUUGUAAUGGUAAAUUUUUUUUAUUAAUUUAAUAUGAAAUUUGUUUGAGUGAU